AUGCUUAGUCUCACUUCAUCGGAUAUACCGUUAGUUUAUAAAAAUAGUUUAGCAAAAUUAGUUACAAGCCUUCCCUAUGUAGAUGCAGAAGCAGAUGAUAAUAUUAAGAUCAAAGUUCAAAGACUUAUCAAAUAAGAAAUGGCUUUGAUGGAAAAAUAAGAUUAUUUAUAAGAUUUACCAAUGCCAAAAACUCAUUUAUAUGAUUCACCAUUAAUUUAAGAAGAACUUUAAAGAGUUAAAAAUAUGUAGCUUUUAGAAGAACCUUAACUACUUUAACUUCCUAACCUCGAUUUAGAUAUUGCAGAAGCUAGUUAGUUAAAAGAAUUCAAUGAUAUUGCUAGCAAAAUUAAUUAAUAUAAUAAUAUUAAAUAAGUUAACUUAGAAUUAAUGCUUAAAUAUGGUCCUGAAGCUCACAAAAUAUUUAUAGAAUAUUAAAAAAAUUUUAAAAAUGAAUUAAGUAGCAUGAACGAAAAGUUAAAAGCCUAAAUUGAAGAAGUUAAUUCAAAAAGAAAAUUUGAUUAAAGUAAUACAAAUGAUAAAUUAAGCAACUAUCAAUAUAAAAUUGGAAAUUUGUUAAGAAGAAAUGAAGAACUUGAAAUAGAAUGCCAAAAAAUUGAGCAUGAAGUUCUCACUUUACGUAAAAAAUAGCUUAAAUUAAAUUGA